AUACAUAGCAAGUUAUUAGUGAUAUCGUGACGGAUAACCUUUGGGGAAUAAUGUUAUAUAAUUUACGUUUGAAAGAGAUAAAAAUAGAAAGUGCGUUUUAAUGCUUUUCCUAAGUUUUACGGAAAAGCCAGUUUGCUUAUCAGUAAUUUAGAAAGAAACAGCUGUGUUUACGGAGUAAGAGAAAGUGUCUGGGUUUCGUUUUAUAACAACAUCAUUAUUUUUCUGAGAAGGAAAAACGCUGAAAGUUACGAAAAGAUUGUAAAUAUAACGCAGAAACAUUUCAGGUGAAUUGGAGAUUAUUUUUUUUAGUUAAAAAGUGAUAUUGUCAGGAUAAAAGCAUUAUUCCCAAAUGUGAAUGGUAAAUUACAGGUUAAAGACGGGUGUUUAACAACUAAAACAAGUGCACGAGAUCAAACAACAACAACAACAAUAAUAACAACAACAACCAGGACGAUGACGCUAUAGAAGAGGCAUAAUUGAUAAGCCUGAGGAACAAUUCCAUAAACUUUAAACAAAACCCACAGCAACAGGAAGGAAAAAUAAAGAUAACCACCAUCGUUGUCGUCGUAGGAAUUCGACAUGCGAACAAAUAACGAUCAUGCCUCUGACUGACACUGAUUGUGUGGCUACCUACAAAAUUCUGGUUCUUGGAGACGCUACCGUCGGCAAAACAGCGUUACUGGGACGCUUGGUUGGGAAGGAGUUUCAAGAACGACUUCGACCAACUUAUGCGACAGACUUUGUUCGUCAGAAGUUUGAAGUUGAUGGGGCGCUCGUGGAACUCCAAGUAUGGGAUACGGCGGGGCAGGAGCGUUUCCGGUCUGUCACACGUUGGCAGUACCACGGGGUGAAAGGCGUCGCCAUGGUGUAUGACGUCACAGAUCAGGCCACAUUCGCGCACAUGUCCUACUGGAUUCAGAGUGUAAAUGAGGAGAUUGCGCACAAACAUAACAAGUACGAGACUAUUCCGAUCGUGUUGCUCGGCAACAAGUGUGACCUUCACGACAAGAGACAGGUGCUCGCCAGUGAAGGUCGAAAGCUCGCUAAAAAGGAGAUGGCGUUUGACUUCAUGGAGACGAGCGCGUUCACGGGCGAAAAUGUGUUCACUGUCUUCCGGAAGUUGGCCUACCACGUGACCGACAUAUGUAACCCCUCUCUCAUGAAGAGCUACUAUCCAAAUAUGAUCCGGGAACCAAAGUUCACAUCUGUAUAUCUCAAACCAAACCAGUCUACGCUUCCAGCGAAUGAACAGACUCUAAAGUGCAAACACAGAGGAAAACGGGGGAGAAAAAAGAAUGACGCAGUGGUAAGGGCUGACAUGACGAAGAUGCAAGUGACCUUUCAUUGGACAAGAUACGGGGAGACCCCGCCCCCUUCCGACAACAAGAAGAAACGCUUCCAGCAGUUGUUCAAAUGUUGUAUUAGACCUCAUGAAGAUUGAACAGAUUUGAUAUUGGAGCAGCUUGCAGCCAAUAUCAUCCGCAUUAAUGUGUAUCAAUCGGGUAUUUUUACAAAGUGCAAUACAUUUAUAUUAUAUGUACAUACACCACUCGCUAUGUCGAAAUUAUUUAUCUCGAUGUGCUGGUUAUGUCGAACCUUUUUGAAUGUGUUGUGUUUAGUGAGACAUGUUUUUAUUUCUGUUGUAUCGAUUUUUCGUAAUCUCGAAGUAUUUCCCAAGGUUCCAAAGACUACGACAUAGCGAGUUUUGAUUGUAAUAUUUAAUUUAUAUAUUGUUUGCACCAAAACUUGUUCACUUUUGCGAUAUGUCAAAACUAUUAUGUCAAUAGUGUCCUGAAAAGUUCCAUGCCUUUUGUAUAUCUGUAUAAACGUUAACAAACGUGUUAUAACUUCUUAUAACAUACAUAUAUUACUUACAGACUGUACAUAUGCAGUACAAGGCUCUCAGUGCGUUGUUUACGAGCAGAGUCUGAAGUAUUUCCCCUUAUCACAAAGUAUUAUAUAUGCUUGAAUUAUACAUUGUAUUGUUAAAUAUUGUUGACUGAGGAAUAAAUGUGAUAUUAUA